AUGCGGAUGCUUUUGAAUGUGCAAAGAGGUUGUACCAGUUUUCGAAGUAUAAGAACCGUGAAUGGUGUUACUUAUGAUACAUUUCAAGAGGCAUGUUCCGCCAUGGGAUUCUUGAUAGAUGACAAGGAGUAUGUUUUUGCUAUUAAGGAAGUCGCCGAGUUAGUGUCAGCUGCACAGUUAAGGAGGCUUUUUGUGGUGUUGCUGCUAUCUGGUUCCAUGGGAAGACCUCCGUCAGUUUGGGAGCAAACUUGGACUUAUUUGUCGGAUGAUAUUCUUUACCACAGAAGACAUGAGCUGCAAUAUCCUGAUCUAACUAUGAGUCAGGACGAGUUGCAAACAUUUUGUUUGUUGGAGAUUGAGAGACUAUUGCAGAGUAAUGGAAAAUCAUUGAGAAAUUAUGCUGGCAUGUUGGUUCCUAAUAACUCUUUAGUCUCUCAAUUUAGCAAUUUGAUGCUGCUGCGUGAGUUGCAGUAUGAUUCUGUUUCUUUGUCUCAUGAGCACGAUGCAAAUAUCUUAAAGUUAAAUGAAGAACAGAGGGUGGUCUAUGAUAAAAUUAUUGACUGUGUUUCGAAUAAGAGGGAUGGAUUCUUUUUUGUGUACGGUGGUAUUGCUUCUCUGUUGUUACCUGGUGGUAAGACGGCGCAUUCUAUGUUCAAUAUUCCUGUUGACCUGACUGAAGACACUGUUUGCCGGAUUAAGAAGGAUAGUCCAAAAGCUGAGUUAUUUCGAUUGGCCGAUUUGAUUAUUUGGGAUGAGGCACCGAUGACUAACAAAUUAGAAUUUGAAGCGCUCGAUAGGACGUUGUGUGAUAUAAUGGUUUCGGUCUCUGAUAGGAAUAAAGAUUUACCUUUUGGUGGGAAGGUGGUCGUUCUGGGUGGUGAUUUCAGGCAGGUCUUGCCAGUUAUUCCAAAAGGUUCGCGUGCUGAGAUUGUCAUGGCUUUCAUAAAUUCUUCUGUCGUUUGGAAAUAUUGCGAAGUUUUGCAAUUGACAAAAAAUAUGAGGUUAGCAAUCGGAUCGGAACAAUCAACUGCUCAGGAGUUAAGGUCGUUUUCAGAUUGGAUACUUCAAAUCGGUGAAGGUCCAUGUGGAACAGUGGUCAACGAUAGACUUUUUGUUGAUAUUCCUUCUGAUCUAAUCAUUCCUGUCUUGGAAAAUCCAGUGGAAGAUAUUGUAAAUACAAUCUAUCCGAAUUUGGUUCAGAAUUUUCGUGAUCCAAGUUUUUUCCAAGAUAGGGCAAUACUCGCUUCGACUGUCGACAAUGUUGAAGAGAUAAACAAUUAUAUAGUUGACUUGUUGCCCGGUGAGGAGAAAAAUUAUCUCAGUGCUGAUUCGAUAUGUGGUAGUGAUGCCUAUUCUGAUGUUGAUGUUGAUUGGAUAACUGUUGAAUUCUUGAAUCAGAUUAGGUGUUCUGGUCUACCUAAUCAUUCGUUGAAGUUGAAAAUAGGCGUGCCUAUUAUUUUGUUGAGGAAUAUUGAUUCGGCUGGGGGUUUGUGUAAUGGGACUCGACUUGUUGUGCGAGAUCUAGGGACAAAUGUGAUCGGUGCUGAUAUUGUUUCUGGUAGCAAUGUUGGGGAUAAAGUUUUUAUCACCAGAAUGAAUAUGAUUCCCAGUGAUAUGGUUAUACCGUUUAAAUUCCAACGCCGUCAAUUUCCGGUUUCUCUGUCGUUUGCGAUGACAAUCAACAAAAGCCAGGGUCAGACAUUAUCAACAGUCGGAAAUAUUUUGUAUUAG